CUCACUUCUGCCUCCCCCCCCCCCCCCCAGCCAGAGGCUCCCUCUUUAUUCUGGCCCAGACCUGCUUGCCUUCCUUCAUCUGCCCCUGAGGCGCUUCCCACCCCACACCCCACCUCUGCGACCAGCUAAGGAAGCGCUUCCAGCCAUCGGCUGUCUUCACCCAGCUCUGGCCUGGGGACCGCCAGUCCUGCCCAAGGAACGGCAUGGCACCGAGCGCGGACGCGACCGACGGACAGGACGGAUUGAGAGCCGGGGACCGACCGGCCUGGCUGGCCCCAGGGAUGCGCGGCGCUGGAAAGAUGCUAGGGGAACACAGGCGGCGACCGGGACAAGUGUGGGGAACUGGUGUGGAGGGCUGCGAGUCUGGGGUGGGCGCGCGGGGCGGGUGUCCUUGCACUCGCAGAGAGCGCAGGCGCUGGGGAGGGUCUCCGGUCGCGUCGGACUCCGGGAAUGCUGCGCCAGGCUGCCGGGGCGCAGUAUUUAUCCCGGGCCUCUGCCCCGGCUCUUUGUUGCCGGAAGAGCCGCCUGCUCUUAGCCCGGCCCCCCCGGGCCCCGAGGCCACGUGGCUUUGUUUAUGGGCUCGCCUUGUUUUCCGAGGCGCUCUCGGCUCUCGCUCGAAUCGCGCGGUUGCACAACCUUGCGCCCGGGGAAACUUGAAGCCGCGUGGCCAGGCCAGAUGUCCCGCUGUCCCUCGGUCCCCUGGCACCUCUGCACCCCCCCUAACGGCCCGCCCCCUCCCCCCCCCACCGGGAGUAGCUGCCGCCACCGAGAUCCUGGCCCUGUACUCGGCAUUAGGUUCUCCCCACGGCUCCUGGACUAGCUAGGUGCAGCUGGGAAGCCGGCUCCGAGGGUUGGGAACCAUCAGACCCUAGGUGUCUGGGAACGUGGGGACGCAUCUUUGCAAGCAGAUCAGCCUAGGGGAGGCCGGAGUGUCAGGGGCAGGGUACGGGGCGCAGUCCCUGGUCCUCUCUGACUGCCAGUACCAACUCCAGGCGCCAGGGUGUGCUAAGGGGAGGAGGGGAGCGGGUGCGUCAGGAGUGGGGAGGGACAGCCCCCACCCCUUCCGCCUUAAAGCUGUCAUUGAUGUGUGUGCUGUCAAUCUCGACUCCCCCACCCCCCACUCCGGUGGCAAAAGAUGGGGGAAAGAGGGGGAGACCUUGCGGCUUCUGGACUCCAAAGCGUGGAAGUGAAGAGCUGAGACAGUCCUGGGCCCCAGCCCGGGACCCUGAGCGAACAGCGCGCUGGCAGCUGAGGCGCCUGAUCCGAACGCUGCCAGUGCUGAGAGUCCGAAAGAGUCUCCGGCUGUGCUCACUGUACCUGGUCUAGUGCCCCAGGGCUGCACUUUUAUCCUGUGGAAUCAUUGGAGCCCUCCUCUCUUGCCCUUUCUGCAGUUCAGUUUCAUGCAGUUCAGGUUGUCCUCUGGCCUUUAGCUAUAAAGUCCUCUCCUGGGUUUCGCAUGGGGACCUGUCUGGUGUCAUCAUGGCUUUCAGGUGAAAGGCCAAUGGGUCCUCAGAGAGGGUUAAGACUACCCAGGGUCUUAUGGAUACUUUCUUCUCAACUAAUCGUCCCCUUUCUGCAGAAUAUAAACUCCCUUUUAUUCUAGAGACAUCUCAGCCCAGUGCCUUGCUAUCAGGCCCAGAACUGGCCACCCAUUACCAUCCUCUCUUACCCCCCCACCCCCCCAC